AUGGAAUCUUUGGCAACAACCAUUCGUUUCGUCACGCUGAACUGCCGAACACUAUCGAGUGAACUCCAACAAGCCGCUCCAUCCAAACUUCUGCGAUAUCUCUGUGUGCCUUUUGCUGCACUGCAGGAAACACGCAUGAGAGAUCAGUCCGUCAUCAGUAUCGAAAAUUACACCAUAUACUGCAGCGAUGUUGAUGAGAACAAAAUAGGUGGCUGCGCGAUAGCUGUGAGGAACGAUUACAAGAACUUGGUGGAGGAAUUUGGCUCAACGUCGUCUAGAUGCGCCUUUCUACGACUGCCGGAUCGCAGUGCACGUAAACCCUGGAUCGUAAGUGCUCACGCACCUACGGAAACCGCUGAGGACAACAGUAAGGACGCCUUCUAUGAUGAACUCAAUGCGUUGAUGUCUAAAAUACCAAGCCAGCAGGUGGUCAUUGUCAGAAUCGACGCAAAUGCGAAGAUGGGACUCGAACAGCAAUCCAAUGUGCUAGGAAAAUGGUAUUAUCCAGUAGAACGCACAUCAGACAACGGUGACCGUCUGGUCCACUUGUGCGAACAGACGGGCCUCAUCAUCGCUUCCACGUUUAAGAGGAAUCAUCGACGCCAUCAGCUCACGUGGCAGGGGUUAACCCUUUUAACGCCUGAAGAGCAGCGCAAGCGGAAGAGGAUUCUUGAGCUUCAGCUCGACUACGUCCUGGCGAGGAACAUUCCUCAGUCAGAUAUUCGAAAAUCUAGAGCUGUUUGGGACGUCGCGUUCGAUUCUGACCACCGUCCAGUUCUCUUCAGCUUCAAGAUACAGUUCCACAAGGAAAACCGAGGAGUUCCUCUUCAACUGAAGAUCGGCUUGGCAGGUCUGAAAGACGAUGAAUGCAGAACAAAAUUCCGCCAACGUGUGUAUAUUCAUGUUGGAUACGGACCUGAAAGAAGCUUAGCCAUGCAGAUUCCUUCACAAAGUGCAUCCAGGACGCUGCAAGGGAAACGCUCCCGGGUUCUAUUGUUGCGAAAGUUUGCCUUUGUAUCUGCGGAAACAAAAUCCACGUACAAUUCUAUAUGUGUCGCAAGCAGCGCUGGUGACUUCAACAAGGAAACGCGUCUUAGAAGGAAGCUGCGGCUACCGGUCAGCACCGUCAGCUCCUGA